UGGAUCUUCUGCAGUCAGUCUGGUUGCUCAGGUCGAGAUGACGUCCGCUUGGUUUCUGGUGUUGGUGGUCUACGGUCUGGUUGGGGUUCAGGCUUUUUCUCCAAAAUAUGAAUUUGAGUUUCCAACUCCUGAAGGACUGACACCAGAACCAGGUAAAGAAGACGUGUAUGUGCUCCUGUCGCAGCUGCUGGACAGAGUGGAGAAGCUGGAGAGAAAGUGUGAGGACAGAGGUAAAUCUCAGGUGGCGUUCUCAGCCUCACUCUUCAACACGGAGAAGUGGACUCAUUACGGGCCUUUCGACAGCGAGACCAGGCUGGUGUUUGAGAAGGUGACGACAAACGUUGGCAACGCCUACGACAAUACGACAGGAGUCUUCACUGCUCCUGUGAAAGGACUCUACUACGUCCGGCUCACCUGCAACGUGGGAGACUCGGGUUCCCUGAACACAGCCGUGAUGAAAAAUGGCGAGAACAUGUUUGCCAUCUUCAACACGUUGGGCCUCCACAGCAGCGGCUCUAACGGCAUGACGCUGGUCCUGGAGGAGGGGGACCGGCUGGAGGUCUUCCUCUGGCCCACGCGUAGCGUCUUUGACCAGAGCCGACUCAGCACCUUCAGCGGCUUCCUCGUCUUCCCCAUGUAGACGUAGGAACUGUUUUAAAACGGUGAGCAGAUUCUCCUUCUGUUGGUCUGCUGAAAGAAAUAAAAGCAUUCAUCUCUCUGCUGU